UCCGUUGCCAUGGAAACAGGGAUGCGUUGUCGCCCGGGGGCUGUGCUGAACGACCCCUGGUGAAGCUUGGCGGCGGCGGCGUUAUGUCGAGGGCCCGGAACCUGGGCUCUAAGAGCCACGGCUCCCCAAAACUGAAAGAGAGGGAACCAAGACCGUGUAUCCGAUUCAAGUGCGCCCUGGUCAACACCAUUUUAGAUGUCCUCCACCAGAGACCCGGAUGGGUGGAAGUUAAAGACGAGGGCGAGUGGGACUUCUACUGGUGCGACGCCAGUUGGGUCCGGGAGAGCUUCGAUCACACGUACAUGGCCGAGCACGUCCGCGUCAGCCACUUCCGCAACCACUACGAGCUGACCCGCAAGAACUACAUGGUGAAGAACCUGAAGCGUUUCCGGAAGCGCGUGGAGCGCGAGGAGGGAAAACUGGAAGCCGGGAAGUGCGACUUCUUCCCGAAGACGUUCGACCUGCCGUCCGAGUACCACCUGUUCGUCGAGGAAUUCCGCAAGAGCCCCGGGACCACAUGGAUCAUGAAGCCGGUGGCCCGAUCCCAAGGCCGGGGCAUCUUCCUCUUCCGCAAGCUCAAGGACAUCAUGGACUGGAGGAAGGACAAUUCCCGCUUAGAUGACCAGAAGGAAGAGGCCCCGGUGGAAAACUACGUCGCUCAGAGAUACAUCGAAGACCCCUACCUGAUAGGCGGUCGCAAGUUCGACUUGAGGGUCUACGUCCUGGUGAUGUCCUACCUGCCGCUGCGGGCCUGGCUGUACCGCGACGGCUUCGCCCGCUUCUCGCACACGCGCUUCACCCUCAGCAGCCUCGACGACCACUACGUCCACCUGACCAACGUGGCGGUGCAGCGGACGGCGCCCGCCUACGACCCGGGCAAGGGCUGCAAGUGGUCGCUUGGGCGUUUCCGUCAGUACGUGACGGGGCGCGAGGGCGGGGCGGCGGCGGCGGGGCUGUUCGGGGCCCUGGGCGACCUGCUGGUCCGCAGCCUCCGCAGCGUCCAGCGGACCAUCCGCGACGACCCCCGCUGCUUCCAGCUCUACGGCUACGACGUCCUCGUCGACCAAAGGCUCAAGCCGUGGCUGCUAGAGGUGAACGCCUCCCCGUCCCUCACGGCCAGUAGCCCCGAAGACUACCAGCUGAAAACCUGCCUUCUGGAGGACGUCCUCCACGUAGUCGACAUGGAGGCCAGGCUGACGGGCAAGGAGAAGCGGGUCGGGGGCUUCGACCUCAUGUGGGACGACGGACCGGUCAGCCGAGGGGACGGGGCCUGGGACGCGGCCCUUGGGGGCUUCGUGGCCAACACCCACCUGGGAUGCCACAACGACCGGGAGAAGCAGCUGAGGGAACUGUUCCGCUCCCCCUGGCACCAGAAGAAAGCUUAGGCCGCGCCGUGGGCGUCCAAGACACCCCCCUCCAGAAGCCCCCCCCCCAGCCUGGUAGCCUGGGAGGGGGCGCGGGAAGCCCUCCGUGGCUAUUA